UUUGAAGUGAGCAUUGUUGAAGUGGAAUUGCUCUCGCCAUGGCCGCGCUGUCUGUUGUAUCUACUCCGCCACGUGCCGCCAGUGCAUCAAAGGAGAUCGCUCCUCGACCUGCCCAGCAACUUCCCCGUGCUUCGCAGGUGGUCCCUUCGCAAGUGGCGGCAUUUUCAAAGGGGGCACAGCUGGCGCCUGCGCCACCCGUGACUCGCUUCUCCACGCCGGCCUCUGAGGCCUCUGCCAUGGGCACGCCAGCAAGGGCCAGUGGCGUCUUUCCAUUGAUGUCCACGUCUAGCAAUCUCUCAGAGGUAAUGCACCCCUUUCCAACAUCAAUGAGUUUGACCCCCGGUCUCUUUUCGCAGGCCUUGCAACCCUUUCCAACAUCAAUGAGUUUAAAGCCUGGCUUUUUGUCUCAGGCGCAACCUGGACCUUUGGCAUCGAUGAGCUUGACACCGGGCCUGCAAUCUCAGGCAAUGACACCUUUGCCAUCAUCCAUGAGCUUGACACCUGGUUUGUUGUCUCAGGCAAUGCAACCCUUGCCAUCGUCAAUGAGUUUGACACCUGGCUUUAUGUCCCAGGCCAUGCCGGCCAUGCCUUUUCCAACAUCACUGACUUCAAGCAUCGGUCAUUCCUCCCAGGUGCCGAGUGCUGCACUGCCCCUCCUCAACCCAGCCUCAGCAACACCACCACCAACGGGCUACCUUCCGAAGGUUCCAUCCAGUCCAAGUGAACCUGAUCCAAUGAUGUGGUCAGAAGGAGUGAGAUCCCUGGGAGACUACAUGGCUGCCAAGGCGAUGGGCAACCUGCCGGAGGAGAUGCGACGCAUUCCGACGCCCAUGACGAUGUUUUCAGCUCCAACCACCUUCUUUGACGUGAGCACCGAGAAGGAUGGCUUGCAGCUCAAGCCCUUGCCGCCACUCAAUGAAGAGGAUCCAUCGAAGGAUAUGCCGGAGUAUCCGACGGAGCCAGAGAAGCUGACGAUAGGCUUGGUGGAGCCCGAGGCUGUGGAGCGCUGCCGUGAUCGCUACACCGAGGAGUUGGAUGGGCAGCUCCUGGAGGCGACGAGGGCGAUAGAGAGAGCCAAUGCGGAGAAGAAGACACGGUUGCGGCAAGAGUUCUUUCAAAUGCGUGAGCAGUACAAUAAUGAGGUGGAAAAUGAGCUCCUUGAACAAGCUCGAAUUGUGGUGGAGAAGUAUCAUGACAGGCUUGCGGUCUUGCAGGAGGAGGCCGAUCGUCAGCGGCGGCGCUUGGACAGAGAGGCUGAUACCUUACUGCAGGAAUCGCAGCGCUACUACCAUUUCAAGGCAGAAGCCAGGAGGCUGUUGGGCUCUACGGUUCCAUUGACCUCCUCAAUGCGAACAGGACCCGCCCAAAUGCCACACUUUGACGCCACCGUUGUGCCCUUUCCCACUUUGCUGUCUCAUUCGGCGCCCAACCUCCAAGAUUUGCUCGAUGGAGCGAAGACCGCCACCUGUGCUCCGCCCCCGCCGCCCCCGCCGCCGCCACGCCACCGGGACGGUCCACCUCCAUCCAGCACAGCUGCAGCACGGUCGCCCUGCACGGCCGCAGCCAACAUGGCCGUGCCAAGCGCGCCGGAAGUCCAAGCAGUGCCGGUGAUGGCACCACUGCGCAGCCAAUCCGUUGUCUCAGCUGGGGUGAGCCCGAUGUCCAGGUUCUCUGGCUUGGUGAGCCGUGGAGUUCAAGCUGCAAGUCCAGCAGGCUCCACCCUGUUUUUGGGUUUGUUGCACCGUGCAGUCCGCUCACCUGCAGCUCUCAGCAUGGGGUGGUCACCGCCUGAGACCCCACGGCCGACGGGGCCGACGGGGCCACGGCCGAUGGUGAGCCGAUCGCCCUUGGGAGACUUGCAGACACAGCCAGGCCUUACAGCUCAAGCAGCUCCAAAGCUGCUCCCUCCACGUGGAGUGAGUGGACAGUUCCCAGAUUUGCUCUACCCGCAAGGAGAGAUCAUGGGCUUGGGCGGUCAAUCACAGACAGCGUCUGAGAUCGUGACUUCAGUAGUUUAAAUUCCCAAGCAUUUGCGUUCACCAGAGUGAAGUC